AUGACGGCCUCUACCUAUUUUGCGCGCUCUCCAUCCCUACGGCUAGACGAUGAUGACCUCUUCAGCUCCCCCGAUCCUCUCGCCACAUCAAUCAAUGAUGAGAAUAGCUUUUACAGUGCAUCCGCUGUCAGACGUCCCAAGCCUUCGCCCAGGAAACACCGCACAACGAAAGUUCUGCAAGACAUUACACUAUCAACCCCUCAGAAAGCCCGCAGAACAUCGAUAGAGUCAUCACAAUCUCCAGCGCACUAUCAGAGCAAGCAGUUCCUUAGCCCCUGGAAGAUAAGAGUCACGGUAGAAGCUGAACCAGAGGAGCCAGUAUUACAUGGAGUCAAGAGCAGAUCAAAGGCUACCAUUGCUCCACCGCGCGACACUCCUUCGCCCAUCAAACAAUCAGGAGGUAGGAGGAGAAAUAGAAGCGAUUCGAGGAAGUCUGGGUGCGGAAGAAUGACGACUGGGUCACCAUCCAGACUUGCGCACAAGGCUUCUGGAGCAGACCAAAGCCGCUUGACGGAUUUGGAUACGGCUUUCCUUGACGAUAAUGAAAAGGAGACUAUCAGGCCAAAGAGGAAGCAGGGAAACCGGAAGACAAGAACCGUUAGUCGCCUUGCCAAUCAGGAUACGGUCUCGUGCAUUGCAAAAUCAGAGGAAGACCCUGGAUCAGUGCAGCCUUCCAGCAACAGUGGUGAUAGUGUUGCAAUCUCAGAAGUGGGCCCGGAUUCGAAGGCUGCUCUUCCACACAAGGCGGAAUCACCAGAGCUCAGAGAACUUGAUUUCAAUCGCAUAUCUAUCCGGAGUCGUAGUGAGCCACCAAAGACUGCUGUGGUUAAGAAGUCAAAGAAUACUGUUGCCAACCAUGAGAAGCAUCCUACCUUGGCCCACGGGGCUGCGAUGUAUUCCUCUGCGAUGGAGGAUGCAAAACGACAUGUAUCAGGGUCAAGCGCAAUCACAUACCCAACUCCAGAUGCUUCUGUUCAGGACGAAUUGGAAGCGCAUGCACCAUCCAAUGACGCAACAGAAGAGCGUGUUGAGUUUGACACGGUUCUCGAGAGUGAAGGUUUCACAAUGAUAGACCUUGAGUCACUGCCAUCUGCACGACAGUUUGUCACAAGCCCGGACAAUUCACAACAUCGGCAAACAGAACCAGCACCAAAUACUCAGAACACAGUGGAGCUAGAACCACCGAGAUCAGUAACAUACCCGGUCCUCGCACCCCCAGAUUCACUUAGUCUGCCGUCUUCUCCUUCGAGCAUUCUGAGAACGAACGAGCCGCCACCGACACCAAUACCCUCAUACCUGGCUCCCCCCGAAGAAGGGGAAUCUGAUCUUUCAUCCACAGUGCCAUCACCUUCACCGGCUGCAUUGUUGCAGCAUGUCCUAUCUCGAAAAGAGAAUCGACUUGCUCAAUCUCUUCUACGCCACACCCACACACCCCUUGCUUCUGCUAAAUCUUCGCCAAAACUUCCAUCACCACCAAACCAAGCUCAAAAAGUCAGUCAGCUUGUCAACGAAGAACGCAGCAAAUCGACUCCACCACGGCUCGGACAGGUGGUAAGAGCCGGCAUUGCUCUUCAAGGCCUACUCUCACCAAAGGUCAGAAAACCCUCUCUACAACCUUCGCCAAUUUUGAACAUUGUGGACAUGGGACAACGCAGUGCUUCCACUCCUAUAGAACGACUUGAUGAUCUUUUCGUGGGAUUUGACUCUAGCACUCGCCGCGAGCUUCGGGCUGGCCUGAGAUUUGGCGAGGAGUUAGCCAAAAGACAGAGACUGACUUCAUCAUCAGCCUCCUCUUCCAGUCGAGGGGCAGUGCCACAGCGCAACCAGCAUGGCUGGCCGGAAAAGGAUGCAGCAUGUAGAGGACCAACAGCGGUGGAAUGCACACCAGUGAGCUGUAGUGACCCUACAGCCGCGGAAGCAAUCUUUUGCGAGAACAGAGAUCUCCCAACCUCGCAGGGCCUGCCAAUAGCACAGAAAACCGCAACACCUUUCGAUGCAAACCAGACUGUUGGAAGCAUUUUCUAUCUAGAUUCAGAAGCUCGAGAACAUCGCUGGCAAUCGGAACGCGAGGCCGUCAGCCGGCAGAUCGAAAAUGCAAAUGCAAGCCAAGUUAUCGUCAUCGAUAGCGAUGAGGAGGAGGACAUCCCCUCGGCAAAGCGCAGAGCCUCGGUAGCCCAAUCGAGUCCCACAAAGAGCAUCAUCAGUGAGGCUGAGGAAGACAUCUGGUUAGCUGAAGCAGAAGAUGCUCAAAACUCUUCUCGACAUAUUGCCGAGGAUCCUUUUCCAGAGGCAGAGCAAGUUCGACAGCGCGAGAGAGCCAAGGAGGUCGUUUCAAAGCCCCGGCGUAGUCUAAUACCAAGCCCUUGGAAGAGAGGAGAAGAUGUGGAUAGCUCCUUCACGGUUGAUGGUGAUGUAAGCGGCAUGUUCUGGCAGCAACCAAAAGCCAAAGAAAGGAUCCGCUCGUUCCGCCGCCUAUCAUCAAAUUUGGAUGGAGAAGACGCGCCGAGACGCAAGUUCGAUACCGGAAGGAUGAUUGGUGAAUCGUCAUCAAAAGAGGAAGACACUUGUACGGUUGCAGAAGGGAUGUCAUAUCAGCCUCUUCAGGAGACCUUGGAGCAUAGCAUUGGGGAGCAGUCUUUUUCCAACAACGAAACCGAAGCUUUCGAGCAUGAAGAAGACCUGGCAGGCAAAGAGAAUUUUGACGCUGAGAUCGUCGAGCAUAGACGCGACUUCGUAGAUGACGAGAGAUUUGAACCUAACAUGGAGGUGGAAGCUCCCUCGGAAUAUGGUGCAGAGCCAUCCGAGGAGUCAUCCAUUCCGCCGCAGCCUAUUAUGAUCCCGGUCAACUUCAACGACACAACCGACACCAGCAUACAGUCCGAAGAUCAUGUGCAGGACGUCGCAGGGAUUGAACCUCCGCCUUCCUCUUCAUGUCGUCCUGUGACGCCUCGUUCUGCGAUGAAGGGCUCCCGAGCCAGUCUCAGUAUCAGAGAGGAGUCUGUUUCGCCGACACCGCGUAAGGUUAUGUUCUCUAGGCACUCACUUUGUCUCGACGAUAAUGGCAUGGAGACAAGUAUGCAAGUGCGUGGGGGUUCGCUUAGCCCGGACACGUCAAUAGAGUCCAGCGAUGCGAAUCAAUAUGAGGUCGGAAAUCCAGCUGUGGAGAUCGAGGCAAAUGGGCGGGAGGCGGAGCAGAACCAACAUACGAGUGAUGCUGAUGCGAAAGCACCUCAACAGGCUGCGUCGACAUUGUGGUUCAGCAGACUGACAGGUUGGGGAUCGAAAGCACCUUCCGCGACAUGCUCGGCGUCUGGCCCGAAACGCACACCUCAGCAGCAAUUACAGGGCUCCUCAAAACUCGGGCACGCUAUUAGCAAGACUCAAUGGGAACCCAGCAAGACCGCUCUCCCCUCGACCAGCGUCAGAACGUCUAGCGCCAUUUCUAUCGCAUCGGUUCCGUCCUCCUCCUACGCCUCCGACUGCAAAAUCCUACCCAGUCCCUCAACCCUCCCCGUGUCUGGCUACUUCAGUGAUGACCACUACAAGCAUCUGCACAUCCUCUAUCUCAAAUCCUUGAAGCCCACCUUCACCCGGCCCAGCUCCAUCCGCCCCACCCUGAAGGGAUACAUUGGACAGAAAUGUUACAGCAAAGAUGGAGAAUUUGCUUGGGAGUUCACGGGACAGGAAGCAGAAGUAAUUGAAAGAUGGAUGAGGAGUUUUGAGGGGAGGGGGGCAAAUGAGGUUGUUAGCGGGUGGGGUGAUGGUUAUGCAGAGGGGAGAUAUCGGAAGAUUGGGUGGGAUGAAUGGGAUCUUUGUAUGAGGCUGUUCAGUAUUGUGGCUGGAAGGGAGGUUAGGAAGGAGUUGAAGGAGAAGCAAAACAAGGCAUGUUCCAAGACAUGA